AUGUCUUCUCCCGCCGAGAUCGUAGUCCUCGGUGCCGGCGUCGCAGGCCUUACCACAGCACACGAAGCGCAGCGACAAUUUCCCAAUGCACAAAUCACCGUGGUAGCCAAAUACCUCCCGGGAUUCACCUCUCCCACCGAAUACGUGUCGCCCUGGGCCGGCGCAAAUUGGCAUUCUUUCGAGAGAGAACGUAACCAAUUCGCCGAGUACGAUGCCGUGGCGUUUACCAAGUUCACCGACAUCGCCGCAAAGUUUCCCGAGAGCGGAGUCAAAAGCAUGCCGAUGCGAGACUUUUACGACAACGACGAAGCCCGCAAGGACAUGUGGUUCGGCGACAUUGUCGGCGGCAUCAAGGACGUACCCAAGGACGAACUCCCGGAGGGCGUCGUGGUGGGAUUGGACAUGGACAGCUUCGUCAUCAACACGGUCGCAUAUCUUCAGUGGCUUCAAAUGCAGCUCCUUCAGCGCAACGUCAGAUUCCUGCGACGCUCCUACUCCCACGUCGACGCGCUCAUGCGGGACUUUCCCGACGCAAAGGCCUUUUUCAACUGUACGGGCCUGGGCGCCAGACUCCUCGGCGGCGUCGAAGACGAAUCUGUCUACCCGACCAAAGGCCAAACGAUGCUUAUCGCCGAGCCCAUCAAGCCCCUCGAACGCAUGUACAUACGCAUCUGCUCCGACUGGAACGAGGGAGAGUUUGCACAUGUCUUCCCGCGGCCCCUCGGUGGCGGCGUGAUCAUCGGCGGCGUGCGUCGCGACCACGACUGGACUGCCGAACCGGACAUGCAGCUCGCCGAGCGUAUCAAGGAGAGAUGUUGCGCCAUUGCUCCGGAGCUGGGGAGGCCUGAGGAUUUGCAAGUGAUAAGUCACAAUGUUGGACUGAGACCGAGCAGAAAAGGUGGUGCGAGAGUCGCGUUGGAAAAGAGGAACGGCAAUUUUCUCGUUCACAAUUACGGUGCGUCUGGCGCAGGAUAUCAAUCUUCGUGGGGCAUGGCAGAACAUGCCGUGAGAUUGUUGAAGGAUGAAGUGGCGGAUAGAUCGAAACUUUGA